UCUGCCCAAAAUGGCUGCCCGGCCCUGCCCGGCCGGGGGCCGGAGGGGGCGUGGCCUGCGCGCGCGCGGGGCGUGGCCAAGGAGGCGGAAGGGACACACCCACCUGGCUCGGGCAGCGGCCACGCGGAGCCCCUCCCCCCCGGCUAGGCAGAGGGGCGCGCACUCGACCGGCGGGAGCGCGCGCCGGGCCCCCGCCCCACCAAUCAGAACGGAGGCACGCGCCGUCCUCGUCGGCCGUCGGGCGCCGCCGGAGACUACGAGCCCCAGAAGGCAGUGCGGCCCGCCGCGGCGCCGAGCGCCGGAGCACCGCACGGCAGUGCAGGCUGGGAGAUGUAGUCCGCCCCGAGCCCGCCACGCCUUUCCGCGUGAGCGACGCUCUCCCGCAGCGAGGAUCCCGCAAACUGAAAAGGGGGAGCGGGAGCUAGCAGUGCAGUGGCAGUGGGCACGGAUACAAGCCUGGCCCCCUCCCUUGGUGGAGGAUCUGCUUUUUGACUGUCGUCCCCAUUUUUCAAGCACUCCAGCCCCAGGAUCUCGGGCCGGAGCGUGGCUUUGGCGGGUGUCACGCACGCCUACGCGCGGCCCGGGCGCGGCGGAACGAGACUGGCCGCGCCUGUUCCCGCCCGGACUUCCCCCGCCGAACGCCGGCCCCGCCUCCGGGAGCACCGGAAGCUGCGGCAGCGAGGAGUCUGCAGGCCCGCGCCGCGAGCGGAGCAGGUCGGGGCCGGGCCUUGACAAAGCAAGUAUGUUUCAUCUCGUGCAACGAUGCUGCUUCCAGAUAUCUUUCAAGCUCCAGAAGUUAACUGGUCCCAGACUGCUGCAGUAUGGAAAGAAUAAGACAACUUGCUCUUCUCCUCUCACCCUCCAUCUGCACAGAGAUGUUUGUCUUCUUUCAAGAUCUCUAAGCCUCAACCGAGCAUCACUAUACGCAACUAAGCUCCAGGCAUUUCACGCCUCUAUUCCCCUCUUAAAGAAAAAGCCCCCCAAAGAACCUGAGACCAAAGACUUGGACCCAACGCAAUACCGUAUGAAGUCACUGAAGGAUUCUCCAAAGCCAGCCCUUUACUUAAGCCUUGCAGGGCUAAUUCCAUUUGUUUCUGUGCCACUGGUAAUGGCCAUCCAAGGGACCUACUACCCUGAGCUGGCAUUUGCUCAGAUUACAUAUGGUGCUGUAAUAGUCUCUUUCCUAGGAGGAAUCAGGUGGGGAUUUGCUGUCCCAGAAAACAGUCCAGCCAAGCCAGACUGGCUGAACCUAGCUAACAGUACAGUUCCUCCUUUAUUUGCUUGGCAAGCCUUACUUUUUAAAGAUGUCACCCAUGGUGCAAUCCUGCUUGUAAUGGGUUUAGGGAUAGCACUACAUUAUGACCUUGCUCUUCUUCCUACUUACCCUGGUUGGUUUAAAGCACUGAGGAUAGUGGUAACAGUGUUGGCAGCAUUAUCACUAAUAGCCACUGCAACACUGAAGACAAUUGAUUCAGAGAAACAGCAAAGUAACAGCACAAAUACAUGGAAGAACACAAAAUAAGAAAAUUAGAGGAAAAAUAUUUAUUUGUUAAGCCAUUUGUAUUGAGUUCCAGGGAAAACAAAAGUGUUUGUGCUUAGAAGUCAUAGGACAGUAAUGUUCAAGAUGCUUGUACCAGAAGCAAACAGCUUCUUAGCAAGUUUAGCAGGGAAGAAUUGUAAAUACUGAUCACUUUGAAGGCAGGCAUGAAUCUGGCCUUACCUGUAGAAUAAAGCAUCACUCUUGAAGGAGGUAAGAUGUCACUGCCUUAUGAUUAUAAAAUGGAGAUUCAUCUGACAAGAGUAUGAAUUGCUUUAUUGAAUUAUUGAAGUAUCUGGCGUAACUGUAGUAUGUGAUAAUGUUCUGCAUUAGGUAGAACAAUCAUGUAGCCAUACUAAUUGUGUAGCUAUCAGGUAGCCUUUAGAGCAAGUUCUAAAGGAAGGUGAAAGCAAGGUGAAACAACUCUUGCUCCCUGAGAAGACAUGUCUGUCUCCAGUGCAGUUUAUUAUUUAGGAAAACGGAAGAGAAGCACAUACAGAAUCAGUUGCUAUUUUAUAGAAAUGCAAAAUAAGACAAAACUUUGCCUCAUUUCAGCCGAGAAGAUGCUGAAAGUGCUAUGCAAUGAAGCACUAGUCAGGUAACAAAGGAGAGGCAAGGCAAGGCAAGGCAAGGCAAGGCAAGGCAAAGUUUGUUUCCAGCAACUAGCCAAGGGCAAAGGUUGUUUGCAGUGACAAGUAAAGGUCAGUAUUUACCUUAGGUAGUUUCUCCAGCAAUUGUGAUGAAGUAUAGAAAGCUAGAAGAGAAAGCUUAAAUUUGUAUCUUCCAUAAAGUGCCACCAGAGACAAAAAGAUUAGCUUCCUGCAUAGACUUGUUUAAAUAAAAAUAUUAUCUGAUUCAGCCAUUUCUAGAUUUUGUUCAGACUUAGGGUCACCUAGCCAAGGAAGCUGCAUGAAACAUAGCCACAAGGAACUAUCACAUUUCUAAAGGAAAGUACUAUCAAAUGAUGCUUGGUAUGAUAUGACACAAGGACUCAGUCUCGGGCACUAAGGGACCAGAUAAUGGGACUUGAAAGGAGUUUGCACCCUCUCCCUCCUCAAUGCAGUAGGUGAAUUUGAGCACGUAGGAUAGACAGAAACAGACUUCAUGUCCUGCAAACCCACCAUGGGGGGUCAACUGUUGAAAACACUGCAAAAAGUGUAAUCUCUUCACAUUUUCGUUGUAGCUUCUUCCCCCACAUACUGUGAAAGGAAGAGCAAGUCAUGGGUUUUUUUACUUCAGCUGCCUCAAGAAACCUAAGAAGUUGCAUGUGUGUAUGUUUACUGUAGGUUUUUCAUCUUAAGUAUUGUUUAAGGACACUGAGAUGCAAGAAGAAAGCCAAAACAUUACAUCCAGACACAUACUUAGCACCAAUUUAGGUAAUCCUCAUGGUUCCCUCCAAGGACUACUCUCCAUAUGUGUUCAAUAAAGAACAAACCACCUACUGUA